AUGUCAGACUUGAUUAGACGUCGUAGGGCGGUGACGGCUACACCGAGUUCGGAGCCCCCGGCUCAGCCGGUAUCAGCUGCCACUGCUCCAGCACUGAUGGAGCAGGACCACGUGCUAGCUGGUCCAGGGGGAUCCCAGGUGGCUGCAUCAUCAUCUUCUUCGGUGGUGCAGCCUCUUAGCGCUAGGCGGCGACACCGGCCCGCUACCACCACCGACACCACAUCGACUGACUGUACUGGUGCCUCGGGGGCACCUCCAGCCAAGAGGAACACCCGAGGGCCGUGUCGGCAGCUGAAGACGGCGAAGGUCACCCGGGUGACCAACAAUCGUAUCAGCAUCAGAUAUGACGAGCGCCAUCGGGCUGCACCGACGGCGGACUUGCAUAGCUCCUUGGCCCACGACAUUGGCCACGUCGUUCGGACCCAUUGCCCGAUGCAAUGGAAGUCUUGGAAGGUCAUGCCUGACGAGAUCAAGAUGCAAGUUCGCGGCCAGUUGUCGACGAACUACGACUUAAAGGACAUCAACGAGGAGACCUUGGCGUACGUCAACAGACUAUUCGAUGAGAGGUACAAGCAGUGGAAGAGCGACUUGCACCACCAUUUUCAGGCGUUUGAUGAUCCGCAAGUCGCUCUUCAGGAGGGUUGCCCGAAGGAGCUUGAGGGGCGGGAGGAUAGUUGGGCGUGGCUCUGCGCUCAUUUUCAGGUGCCCGAUUUGUUGAGGGGCGGGAGGAUAGUUGGUCGCACGCGUCUUUGGAUUAGCCGGCGUGUUGACAGACCCCGUACGUGGCCGGGUGCGUCCCGACGUAUGAGUGGGAGAUAUGACGGUAUGAUGGCUGGUGAGAAUGAAGCCAGGCCCAGUGUGAGGUCGCACGCGUCUUUGGAUUAG